AUGGCAUUCGACUUUGGCGAAUCCAAGCCCUCCGACCCUACCGCCGACUUCCUCGCUCGUGAGCGUGAGGCUGCUGGUGUCCUCUCUGGCGAUGCCAAUCUCUUUGGCUCUUCAGGAGCCGGCGCUGCUGGUGCCUCUGCAGACGACUUUGAACGCUCUGCAUCCGCUUUCCCUGCGCUAGACGAUGAUGGUAUCCCUGCUCCUGCAACAUCCAACACCAACAAUAACGCUAGCUCGACCGGUGCAUUCGGCUUUGACGACGAACCUGAGCCCACUUCGGCAAUUUCUGCCAAGCCUGUUGACGAUGAGGUGGGAAAGUUCGAACAGAACUUCCCCGAGUUGGACGAUGGUCCUUCCACCAACACCAAUGGCGCUUCUUACCAUGAUGAUGCUGACAACCUGAUGAGUGCUCCCUCAGCACCCUCCGCUACCCGCGCCGCCGCUCCUUCAUCCUACACCGCUCCCGCCCAAACCUCCUACUCCUACGAAGAUUCCACUGAAGAACCUGAACCAGUUCGUCAAUGGCGCGAAUCGCAAAAAGAGGCCAUCGCUAAACGUGACGCCGAAGGAGAACGCAAAAAGGCAGAAGCCAUCUCGAAAGCCGAACAAGACAUCGACAACUUUUACGCCGAAUACAACGCCAAGAAGGAAAAGAACAUCGCUGCUAAUAAGGAGAACGAAGCUAAGUUCCAAGAACAGCGCACGCGAGAACUCGCCGAGGGAACCACCUGGGAUAGGGUUACAAAGAUUCUGGAGUUGAAGAACAGCCAGAGCAAGACGAUCGCUAGGACGGGUCCCGGAAGUUCGGAUUUGACAAGGAUGAAGGAGUUGUAUCUGAAGUUGAGAAGGGAGGGUGAGACUGCGCCUGGUGCUGCUGGUUACUAA